AUGAAGUGGGUUAACAACUCUGAGGUUGCAGCCGGAUCAGCUGACUUUAAGACGGAGCUUAGUCAGUCGAAUGUGUUUGAUCGUCGACUUAAAGGGAAGAUAUUAAAGGUCGUUGAUGUUUCGAAUGGAGGUGAAGAUGGUUUCAAUCAAGCUAUUAAGUUGUCUGCUGAGAAACUGGGGAAUGUCAAGUUUAUGCAAGAGAUUCAUAUCAUAGGCAAGUAUUUCGAGGAGAUCAGUCGUGAUAGUGGGAAGUAUGUUGUCGGGCUUGAUGAUACCUUGAAAGUACUCGAAACAGGCGCUGUUGAGACCCUUAUCGUGUGGGAAAAUCUCGAUCUUACCAGAAGAAGUUUAUGGAUUCUGAGUAGCAAUCAACCAACUUCAGUAAUUCCGGUUCAGCGAUGGAGCAAGAAUCCUGCCGUGAUGUACGUGGACUCGGGCCUGACUCAGGCGCGGAUGUGGUCUCGUCAGAUGAACGACCUGCACGAUGAAAUGAAGUCUCUCGUCUAUCUGAGCAAUAUGAAGGUCACAUUCAUCCAUCAAGUGGCUCGUUAG